AUGGAGGAAGACGACGAUUUCUACGGCGACGACAGUACCCCGGCCGUCAAGCAGGACGAGCCCACCAACGGCGAUGAAGCUACAAAGGACGAGAAGAUGGAUGAGUCACUUGAGGAAGGCGAAGAAGAGGAAGAGGAGGAUAGCAGCGACUCGGAUAUCGAAAUUAUUACAGAGAGCAAAGAUGCUCCAGCACCCGAGCCAGCGUCUCAGCGCGGCGCCAGCUUCAACACCUCUUUCAAGUCGGACACAUCGCGCGCCGCACCCGCAGACGCCGCCAAAGGACAACAAGCACAAACUACCGGCACCAAAGCUGGAGCCGCUGCCCCCUCUGCACCUUCGAAGCCCGGCUCAGCCUACCCCGAAGUUCGCACCUCAAAUAUCGACGUCAACGCAACCCCCAUCUACGAGCCCGCAGGAAAGCCCAUAACAGAGCUCGACGUCGACGCUGACCUUGCCGAACACGAGAAGCCCUGGCGCCUCCCCGGCGCGGACCAGUCCGACUACUUCAACUACGGCUUCGACGAGUUCACGUGGACGACGUACUGCCUGCGCCAGCAGAACAUGGCCAACACGCUCAAGGACCAGAAGGCCGAGACGGCCAAGUUCGAGAUGAUGCUCAACGGCGGCAUGCCGCUCAUGCCCGGCAUGCCCCCCGCGGGCCCGCCGUCGGCCGCUCCGCCCGUCCCCGGCGCGCCCACCGGCCCCGCCGCCCAGCAGCAGCAGCAACAGCAGCAGGGCGGCCAGCAGGCGCCGAAUGGUGGAAUGCCUGGCGGUAUGCCUGGUAUGCCUGGUCUGGACGAGAACAUGAUGCAGCAGAUGGCGCAGCACAUGAUGGCGUCUGGCAUGGACCCGUCGCAGAUGAGCUUCGAACAGUUCAUGCAGGGUAUGCAGGGCAUGGGCGGCAUGCAGGGCGGUCCGCCUUCUGGCCCGGCGGCGCAACAGGCGCAGCAGGGCGGCGGUUUCGGUGGCCAGGGUGGUCCGCAGGGCCAGUUUGGCGGAUACGGAGGUGGUCAGGGCGGGUUCAGAGGAGGACGGGGAGGAAGGAGAUGGUAG